AUGUAUCAUUCUGUGUCUGAAACCAGUCACCCUUUGCAAACAGAGGAACAAGAAAUAGGUAUUGAUCCCUUGCACAGUUACAUGAACAAGCCAGGGGAAGGAAGAUCAAAUGGAAAUGGAAGUGCACACCUCACUUCAGAUUCUGAUGGAACUUUUAUUUCUUACAGUAAAGAAUGGGAAGAACUAUUUGUAAACAACAAUUACUUGGCAACAAUACGGCUGAAGGGGAUUAAUGGGCAGCUGAGAAGCAGCAGGUUCCGUAGUGUUUGCUGGAAGUUGUUUCUGGAGGUUCUACCCCAAGACAGAAGUCAAUGGAUUAAAACAACUUCAGACUUAAGAACUUCUUACAAUAAGAUCAAAGAAAUUCACAUUACAAACCCUCGGAAAGCUGGACAGCAAGAUUUGAUCAUCAACAACCCACUCUCCCAGGACGAGGGGAGUCUUUGGAAUAAAUUUUUCCAGGAUAAAGAGCUUCGGGCAAUGAUUGAACAAGAUGUGACAAGAACCUUUCCUGAAAUGCAGUAUUUCCAGCAAGAGAAUGUGAGGAAAAUUCUUACAGAUGUCCUGUUCUGCUACGCCAGGGAAAAUGAGCAGUUGCUUUAUAAACAGGGUAUGCAUGAACUUCUAGCUCCCAUUGUAUUUAUCCUGCAUUGUGACCACCAAGCUUUUUCACAUGCCAGUGAAGCUGCACAACCAAGCGAUGAAAUGAAAGUUCUUUUGAAUCCUGAAUAUCUGGAACAUGAUGCCUACGCAAUGUUCACACAUCUUAUGAAAACUGCAGAACAUUGGUUUUCAACUUUUGAACAUGACAGUCAGAAGGAGAAAGAUGUGAUGAUUACACCAACACCAUUUGCAAGGCCACAGGACUUAGGCCCAUCUAUUGCUAUUGUAGCAAAGGUAAACCAAAUUCAGGACCAUCUGCUGAAGAAACAUGACAUUGAGCUGUACAUGCAUCUGAACCGACUGGAAAUUGCUCCACAGAUUUAUGGACUCCGAUGGAUAAGGCUCCUGUUUGGACGUGAAUUCCCGCUUCAGGACCUUCUGGUUGUCUGGGAUGCUCUAUUUGCUGACAGUAUCACCCUGAAUUUAGUUGACUACAUUUUUGUAGCCAUGUUGUUAUAUAUUAGAGAUGCCUUGAUUUCAAGUAAUUACCAGACCUGUUUGGGACUUCUGAUGCAUUAUCCACCUAUUGGAGAUGUUCACUCCCUCAUCCUAAGAGCGCUUUUUCUCCGAGAUCCAAAGAGAAAUCCAAGACCAGUGACUCACCAAUUCCAACAAAAUUUAGAUUAUUACAAAGCACGUGGAGCAGACUUGAUGAACAAAACUCGUGCCAGUGCUAAGACUGCCCCACUGAACAUUAACAAAGUCUCCAACAGCUUACUGAAUUUUGGCCGAAAGCUCAUUGCUCCAGCUAUGGCUUCAGGUGGGGCUGUGGGUGCUCCUGCCGGCGGGAGCAGCUUACUUCCCCCUGCAAUGCCCAUCAGAAGCACAGUGGAAGCCCCCCAGCAGCACCACCACCACCAGCACCAUCACCACCAGCACCAGGCACAACAGCAGAGAAUGAUGAAGUCUGAAAGCAUGCCAGUUCAGCUGGGCAAAGGCGAGGCAGGCACGGGCAGCGAUGCUGGGCAGCAGCAGCAGCAUCCCCCUGCCCUCCCAGGGCAGAGUUCAAAAAACAUCAGUUCAUCACCAAGCAUUGAGAGCUUGUCUGGAGGACGUGAAUUUACAGGAUCUCCACCUUUGUCUGCAUCAAAAAAGGACUCCUUUUUCAGCACCAUCUCACGCUCUCGUUCCCAAAGCAAAACCAUGAGCAGGAAAGAGUCGGAGGAGGAAUUGGAGGCCCAGAUUUCGUUUCUCCAGGGACAACUAAACGACUUGGAAGCCAUGUGCAAAUAUUGUGCAAAGAUGAUGAACACACAUCUUGGAAAUAUUCAGGAAGUCAUAUUACAAGAACAUUUGGAAAAAGAAGAUGAAAUUCUAGUUUCCUUGGCUGGUUUGAAGCAGAUCAAGGAUAUCCUGAAAGGGUCCUUGCGUUUCAACCAGAGCCAGCUGGAAGCUGAGGAAAACGAGCAGAUCACUAUAGCUGAUGAUCAUUACUGUUCCAACAGUCAGAACAAGGGGACAGGGGAUGUCCUAAAGGGACCUGUUAUGACAAAGCAACAGUUUGUCUCAGAGCAACAGACUACAACUGAUUCAAGCACAGGUGAGAGCAAGAGUGCUGAUGACUAUAUUAUGGUUUCUAAAGAAGAGGAAGGAAGUAGAAGUGGUGUCCCUGAGCCGGUGCAGUCCCUUCAGGCACACAAGGAGGCAGCAGCGAAGCCAGAAGCUCCAUCUCGCUCUUCUUUGGUGUUCUCUGACCCACUGAUGGGCUCCAUUUCAGCCUCCUCCAGCAACCUGAGCUCCAGCCCUGAUGAUGACAGUAGUAACAACAGCAAGGAUUCUGACUUUGCUAUUGUCAGCCCUCUGGACAUCUAA